UUCUAUAUAAUAAUACAGAAUUAAAAUUAUAAUAUAUUUUAAUUUUUAUUAAUCCAUAAAUUUUUAUAUAAAUUCUAUUAAUCGGUUGUUGUCGAUACGGUGUGUACCUAUAGAUCGAACGCGUGGAGAAUCGGUUACGAUACUAUUUCACCUUUCGAUAUUUCUUUUCGAUUAUUAGUACGAAAUAUUUUUCACGAGAAAUCAAAGUGUGUUCCAUGCAAUUUCGAUAUUACUUUCCAAAGGAGAAAUAUUUAAAAAAGAACGAUACGAUAAAGUAGAUAUUGCGAUACUUAAUUAUUUUAUGAAUUAUCGUAUCUUUUAUACGUAAAUAACUUGAACGUCGCUUUUACUUAACAAACUUUAUAAUACAUUUUUAAUUGUAUUGUAUGAUUUAUCUUAUUUUUUCAUUAUUACUUUUCGUUUAUUUUAUGACCAUUGAACUUUGUACACCAAAGAUGUAGGUUCAAAUAAUAUAACCUUAAGAAUAUGUGAAAGUUGCUGAAUUCUGAUAAAUCAUAUUCAACUAUACAUAUACGGUUUUUAUUAUUUAUUGAUAUAAAAAAUUAUUAUUAUCCGUGAUUGGUAUAUUAUUAAUGCAAAGUAUAGGUCAUGCAGAUCAUCUGCAGAGUAAUGUAAUGAAUAGCUGUGGGAACUCUAAUAUUAGCACAAAGCUACGUGGAUCUAAGUGUUCGGAGAUACAGGAAGAAUCUGUUGGUAAUAAUCGAGCUAAUGUAUUGGAGAAAGGAGAUGUCAGUGUUUUGAGUGGAUAUAAUUCAAAUGAUUUUAAUGCUCCAAGAGGCACUUUGGUCAUUUGUCCAAGAACUACAAACAACUAUUCAUCUGAUCAUAGUUUCUCCAGAUUUAAGCCAAGAAUUGGAGGUGUUCCACGCAAUGAAUUUCGAAUGGCUCGAGGAGGUAGCUCUGGAGAUCGUGCCAGAGGUGCUUUACGGGGUAGAGCCUUUAAAAAAACACCUAUUGAACGUGAUUCUAAUACAGAAACUAGUUAUUACCCUACAACUAGAUCAAAAUUUCAAGAAUCGUUGAAAAAUCAAGAAAAUGUACAAGGAAAAUAUUAUGACGACAAAAGAAUAAAUGAAGAUUCUAGAAUUUCUAAACUUUUAAGAAGAUUGUGUCGAGAAGAUGAUUAUGAUCAUUUUAUGGUGUUAUGUAAACAAGCACAAGAAGGUAUAAUAGCACUUGAAAAUCAAAGAUACAUAAGACGAAAUUUGGAUGUUAUCUGUGAGAGCCUAUUAGAUAUAUUACAUACUGGUCCUGGACCAGAAGCAAAAUAUCAAGUUGCAAAAUGUUUAGGACGUAUUGGAUAUGCAACUGAGCAGGAUUUCAAACGAUAUAUGGAUUGGGUCUUUAAUAAAUAUUCAUUGGAACGGAAAGAUGAUAUAAAGUGCCUUUUAAUUAAAUCAUUUAUUGAAGCUUUUAAGUUAGAUGCAGAAGCACCAAGGCUGAAAGAAUUUUCAGUGCUAAUGAUGUCACAAUUGCAAUCGACGCUGGAAAAUGUUAAUCGAUCAGACUUAUUUGUAGCAACAGUGGAUGCAAUAUUAUUAAUAAUGGAAUCUUAUCCUGAAACGUUUUCAAACCAUUUCCGUGAUACAGUUGAUAUAUUAGUUGGCUGGCAUAUUGAUUCAACUCAGCAAAAAACAAUUGCAACUUAUGCCAGUCGUAGUUUGCAAAGAUUACGAACUUUCUGGAUAGCAGAUUUACAAUUUACUUUGACUUUAUUGGGACAAUUCCUGGAGGACAUGGAAAGCUAUGAUGAAGAACUGCCUUUACCAGAAUCUGGAAAAAAUUCUCCUGGCGAUGAAGCAUCUCCGACACCUAAAGAAUGUAUUCGGCGUAUUACAUCCUUAAUCUCGGUAUUUAAUACAGUUACGAAAAGUAUAUCCGAGCAUUUGAAUCCUAAUCUUACGCCAAAUGUACAGUGGUCAUUUUUAUCUGAUUGUUUAUCAAAAAUGUUAAAAACAGUCGUCAAAGCGAUCGAAUUGGAUGAUGAUAAUGAAAUCUGGGUUUCGAAUUUUACUUUUACAUCUGAAAGUGUCGAUGAAUUAUUAAAAUGCAUUAAAAAUUUGAGAGGCGUUAUCCCUUUAAAAAAUUCUAAUAAGUCAGAAAUAAUUGAAGAGGAUGUUAUUAAUAUGUUUAAAUCUUUGAAUUUAAAUAAAAAUGAAUUAAAAAAUUUAAAACAAAAUAUUGAAAAAGAGAUUUCAUUGAAAGAAACAGAAUCAUUGUUAAAUAUUAUUCGAUGGAUGGAAUUAAAAGUAAAAAAAGAUCCAGAUUUAACAGAGGAGAAAGAAGAACUGAUAGUUGUUGCAAAUGAAUGUGCAUUUUUAUUACUAGGUCAUCUUCAGAGUCGUAUAACAAAGAAUCAUGAAUUACUUUACAAAUUUAUUGAUCUUCAACUAAAAAGAAUUAAUAUUUUUUGGGAUGAUACAAUAAUAUCUAUGUUAAAUACUAUUUCCAAGAUAAUAAAAGAAGUCUCUGCAAAUUUACCUCUCGAUUUAGUACACAAAUUGCUUGGAAAAGAUUCCGCGUUACUUAAAUUGAGAUUCCGUGAUUCGAUUUCUAUUCAAAAUGCCAGUCUUGGAGUAUAUCAUAGUCUUCUUAGUCUAAAAAAUAUUCCGUUAUUACAAGAAUCAUAUCGCUACAUAUUAUCGGAUUUGGAAAUUGCUUAUAAACUUAUUUUAACAGAUAUCGAAUGUUUAGUAACAGAUAAUCCAUUGCUUGAUAAUAUAAAAUAUAAAAAGAAUGAUGCAGAAAUCGUAGUUAUUUUUCUGCUAAGAGCUCUUUCUGAUAUAGCAAACGCGAGCAAUUCAAUCAUUGGCAUGUGGGCAUUAAAACCGAGUAUUUUGGAGCUAUUGGCAGUUAAAUUAAAACCUUAUGACAGCAAUUUAUCAUCAACUAGUCCAUUUUUACAAUAUAGCAUUUUAUAUUUGUUAUAUGCGCAUUGUUCUAGAUAUAAUCAUUUUGUGCCGAGUUCAAGUUUAAUAACUGGAACUACAGCUUGUCGUCCAAUAGAUAUGUUUCCAGGAGCAUUGGAUGUACCAACAACAUCACCUACUAGCGGUCAUCUAUCUAUAAUUUUAAACUUAAUAGCAAAAAGUUAUAAUGAAUACACACCAGAGCAAACUUUAUUACUUCUAUCAACAUGGAUGCAAGAAAUUUGUGUACAAGCAGAAAAUUAUAUCGGUAUUUUGAGUAAAACAAAAGAAUAUGAGAAUGUUCUUGCAAGCCUUAUUUCCUGUGGAGCUACUCUCGAUCGAGAUAUUUCUAUUGCUGUUUGUGAUCUCUUUGAAAUUUUAUUAAAUGCAAAGAAUGUCACUUGGAAAGAAGAAAUGUAUAUGUCUGUCGUGGACUUAGUGAUAUUACAUUUAACUUCACGAGAUGAAAUAGUACGAGAUAAGUAUGGCUCAUUAUUAACACAGGUGCCUCUAAAUAUUGUGAUACCAAAAUUCAACAAAGAGUGCUUAUUAUCGGAAACGAAGAAAUAUCAGGGAUUUAAAAGUUAUUCAACUGAGUCUUUAAUUCUUGCUCAAAGAUUACAUAUGCGAGGAACCAAUACUGGUGAAAUGCAAGCACAACAUUUUAAGACUUAUAUGGCUUUUCUAUUGCAAGAGCAAUAUUUGGAUGCAUCAGAGUUAUCAGAAAUAUUUACUUUAUGUUGGCCAAUUGUAUCUGAAAAUGAUACCACCAAGAAAAUGUAUCGUUUAGCACUUGCCAAUCGAUCCUUUCUAUAUUUCUGGGCUGGUUUCGAAGCAGCUCAACAUUGUGUGACAAAUAAACUUCGUACUCCAUUAGGAAAGCCACAAGAAACGUUUACAUCGAUCGAAAGUGCUUUAAAAACUCUAGCACGUGAAAUAUCAUACAGUUUUGAGGCAACAAAGAAAGAAAAACGAAGUUUAGAUCAUUUAUUAAGCGAACAUACUCGUGUGCGAUUAUUUAUUGAAUUUCUUGAACAUCUUGAAAGAGUAAUACAUAAUGCUGCAGAAGGUUGUGCAAUUGCACUGUUACCGUUAUCAAAGCCAGUUAGAACUUUCUUUCAUACAAAUAAAUCGACUUGUAAAGAAUGGUUGAAUCGUAUUCGAUUAGCAUUAUGUGUAGUAUCAUUGCAUUCUGGAUUAGCUAGUAGCGCUUUAAGGAAUAGUCAAAGAUUAUUAGAAGAUUUAAGUAAUAGCGAUAAUACACAGGGUAUCGAAUUUGAAAGAGCGACGCUCUGUACGGCACAAGCUAUGGUAAUGUUGGGAGAAGCAGAAGCAUUACAAGGUCUUUACGUUUACACCAAAGAAAAAGAAAGAAAAUUCCCUUGGUUAAAAGCUGCUAUGGAAGAAGCUGCAAAUCGCUAUGAAUCUGCUGCUGAAGCAUACAAAUUAAUUAUUGAGGAACAUAUACGUAUUGUAAACAAUCGAUCUGGAAGAGAUAUAGAUCAUGAAGAAGAAGGAGAAGAUUUGACCGAUGGAAUUAGCACUAAUGGUGCUGAUGGCACUAGCGGAAAUGAGGAAGUUUCUGAUGGAAAAAAUAAAUGUUUCAAAUCUGAAGGGGAUAAUCAAGUACUUGGUUUUUGUAUGCAACGAUUAUCCCAUUGUUAUGAAGCUGUUAGUGAUUGGUCUCAAUUAGAGAUUUGGAAACUGCAAGAAACUGAAAUUCUUGGACGAGAUAAAAAUGCCAUUCUUAAAAAACAAUUAAUAAUAGAAAACAAUACUUCUCGACAAGCGAAAUGUUUGAAAAAGUUCGAGAAUAAUGAAAGUAUAUGUCUAGACGAUUUAACUGAUUGGAAUUUACUGGAUGACAGAAUUGGUAAAGCAGGAAAUCGGAGUUGUGCUAAAACACUAAUCGAAUGUGGAAAUACAUUAACCAAUAUUGCACUUAGGAUUUAUAUGAACGAUUAUAAAGAUUAUUUUGAGGAAGAAAUUGAACGAUGUCGAAGAGUAGCAGCUAAAACUAUGGAGGAAGGUCUAAGAAAUGUUCCUUCGGAAUAUUUAAAUGAAUCUGUAUUAAUACGAUUUUCGACAGAUGGAUUGAAAAAUAUGUUGUCUGGCAAAGAAGAAAAUAUAUUCGAUCUAUAUAAAAGUGAAAAACUUGAUCAUAUGGAUUCAAACAUAUUGACACGAAUUUUAUGGUGGUCAGAUUACUUCGGAAGAACAAAAAAGAAUAAUAGUCUUGAAAUGCGGUUAGAUAACAAUGAAGUAGCUGAUUUACGACUACAUAUCGUUCGAAUUGCAAGAAAGGAAGGUAACUUUGAGUUGGCGAAACGAGAACUUCUCAAUUAUUUGAGAUCUGAACGAGAACUUUGUCAAUUUGAAGGAAUCGAACGAAAUUAUAUUAAUUCUGAUUUCGAUCAAAUAACCGAUGAUAUUCUAAAGAAUGUGAUGCAUGUAAAGUGGUCAAAAAAUAAUAUACGUGCAUUUCGUGAAUUUUCAAAAUUAUUAUACGAUAUGGAACGAGUCAAUAAAGCGUUAAAAGUAUGUAGUGCAACUGCACUUGGAAUAUCUCGAACUAUUGUUGAUGGAGAACAAUCGGAUGAUUUACGUGAGAAUGGUACAAUUCUUCUUUUAACUCUUGGUAAGUGGAUACAACAAGAAGUUGGUAAUGUCGAAAACGGUCAGUUGGAACAAUUACUUGAAUUUGAAGCUACUCAUAACGAUGGUCUGAUGAAUAAGCUAUUUGGACCCACCACGAGUUCAAUACCAGUUUCGGAUAUGAUAAUCGGUAGAUUAACACAACUUGGUGUAAAUCAAUGUCCAGAUUUACCACUUGCAUGGUGUAGUUUCGCAAGUUGGUGUUAUAAAUGGGGUAGAAAGAUUGUGGAUAAUUCGAAUUCAGGUCAAUUAACUGAUGCGGAUAGAGCAACCAUACGAGAUUUAUUGCCAUUUGAUACGAGUGAAUCCGAUUUGAAUACCAUUUUUUCAAUUUUGUCUCAAAGUAAAACAAUUCCUGAAGACGAAGGUGAAAUAACAGAUACUACUAAUGAUGUUAAUACUUCAGAUAUGAUAGAAAAUCAAUUACGUAACGUGCCAAUAUUAAAUCGUGUUAGCAUUGAUCAUCUUGCAAUGUUGGUCGAUAUCUGGAGACAAGCACAAAAGAGAAUUUACUCAUAUUAUGAGCUUUCUGCAAACGCGUAUUUCAAAUAUUUGCAACUUGCCGCAAUUAAAGAGGCCAACGAUUGUGCUACUAUCACAGCUACGCUUAGAUUACUACGAUUAGUUGUAAAACACGCUCUCGAAUUACAAAAUGUUUUAGAGUCUGGACUUUCUUCGACUCCUACUGCUCCAUGGAAAGAAAUAAUACCGCAACUAUUUUCAAGACUUAGUCAUCCUGAAUCUUAUGUACGGACUCGAGUAUCUGAAUUAUUAUGCAGAGUUGCGGAGAAUUCGCCACAUUUGAUCACCUUUCCAGCGGUAGUUGGAGCAGUUUCUGGUCAAAAGAAAAAUUGUGAUAAAGUUCUUUAUGAGAAAACGGAAACUGAUUCAUCUCAAAAUGAUUUAGAUUUUAUCGAAGAAGAAGAAGAAGUAGGUACUGAAAGUUCUACUAUAGCUUAUCAAGAUGAACAAGAAAAAUUUAUGGAUUGCUGUUUUUCACAAUUAGUAGAUUGCUUAUCAAACAGAAUUCAAGAUUCUAUUGAACAAGUAAAAAUACUCGUUAGAGAAUUGCGUCGAAUUACAUUGCUAUGGGAUGAGUUAUGGUUAGCAACGCUAUGUCAACAUCAUACUGAAAUUUCUAAGCGAUUUGAGCAAUUAGAAAUGGAAGUACAAAAAGUACAAGAUAAUGCUUGGUUGAAUAUUGAAGAAAAAGAUAAAUUAAUUGCGGAAAAACACCGAAUUAUAUUGAAACCAAUAGUUUUUAUAUUAGAAAAUCUUUCGGCUAUGACUUCUGUCCCAGCGGAAACACCGCAUGAAAAAAGUUUUCAGGAAAAAUUUGGUCCAUCAAUAGAAGAAGCUAUUAGCAAAUUAAAUAAUCCUAAGAAUCCUGCGAAACCACAGAUUGCGAGUAUAUGUUUGAAACAAUUGGAAGGAAAAUUAGCUCAACGUGUCCAUAGGCGGGCUGCGUAUUCUCUCUCGAUGAACGAUAUCAGUCCUGUGUUAUCUAAUUUACGAAAUACAUGUAUUGCUAUGCCAGGUGUUGCUGCAAAUGAUAAUAAAAUUGUUACCAUAGAAUCUGUAGAUAAUAAUGUUCAAAUAUUGCCAACUAAGACAAAACCGAAAAAGCUCAUGUUUCAUGGUUCCGAUGGACAUGUUUAUACGUAUUUAUUUAAAGGUCUGGAAGAUCUUCAUUUGGAUGAAAGAAUCAUGCAAUUCUUAAAUAUAUGCAACACUAUGAUGUUAAAAAAAGGAGAUUCAAAAAAAGUAUAUAGGGCACGUCAUUAUUCGGUUAUACCAUUAGGUCCACGAUCAGGUUUAAUACAAUGGGUUGAUGGUGUGACACCCUUAUUCGUUCUAUACAAGAGAUGGCAACAAAGAGAGAGCGCAAUGCUCAAUAAAACUGGUAGUUCGGCGGUAUUAAGACCAUCUGAAUUAUUCUACAACAAAUUAACUCCACUCUUAAAAGAACGAGGAAUUGCUUUAGAAAAUAGAAAAGAAUGGCCAGUUCAAGUUUUGAAACAAGUUUUAGCUGAUUUAAUGGCUGAAACUCCUAAAGAUUUGUUGGCAAAGGAAAUUUGGUGUAAUAGUAUAAAUGCUGGAAGUUGGUGGCAAGCAACCAAAAAUUAUUCUUAUUCAGUAGCUGUAAUGUCGAUUAUUGGUUAUAUUAUUGGUCUUGGUGAUAGACAUUUAGAUAAUGUGUUAGUUGAUUUAAAUACAGGCGAGGUUGUUCAUAUUGAUUAUAAUGUUUGUUUUGAGAAAGGUAAAACAUUACGCGUGCCAGAAAAAGUGCCAUUUAGAAUGACUCCAAAUAUCAAAACAGCUCUAGGAGUAACUGGAGUCGAGGGUAUAUUUCGUUUAGCUUGCGAACAUACACUUCGAGUAAUGCGCCGAGGACGAGAAACUUUAUUAACUUUGUUAGAAGCGUUUAUAUAUGAUCCUCUAGUUGAUUGGCGAGCUGGUGCGGAUAAUAGUAUUGCAAGUUAUGGAGCUUGCCAAGCUAGAGCACGAUGUACAGGAAUUGGAAGGAAACAGUUGGAACAGGAAUUGACACGGGCAAUGUUUGCCGUUCGAACAGCAGAAAUGCGUGCCGAAUGGUUAGCAAAUAGAGAUGAAUUGGUAAAGAUUUUUCCAUUAUUAUGCCACCAAUUGAAUUGCUGGGUAGAAGCAACAGAUAUUACACGCCAGUGUCAAGAUUUACUUCAAGAUCGUCAUCAACAACUUGCUUUAGUAAAGGAAGCACAGGCAAUGGGACGUAAUCAUCCAUUAUACUCCGUAAUAAAGCGUUAUAAUUCUUUUAAGAGAGCUCGUGAUGCUCAUGAAAAAGCAAAAAGUGGAUUAAAAGAAAAAAUCGAAGAUUGUGAAAAACAGAUUAAUAUGCACAAUAUGGCACUUUCCUCUGUACGUGGUCCACAAUUAGGACAGUGGUUGGCAGAAUUGGGAACUUCUACAAAUCAAGAAGAUCACGUAGUUUUUGAUCUUGUUAAAGAAUUCUUACAAAAUGCUGGCCAAAGUCAAAUGAUCCUUCAAUGUGAACAAUCGGAAAAUGAAUUAACUCAAUUAGCUACGCAACAAUCUAUUUUAAUUCGAAAUUGUUUGGAUUUAUUGAGCCAAUAUUCAGCAAUUUGCAGUCUCUAUCCAUUGAGUAAUAUGUCGCAACAUCGUACAGUACUUUAUCAUGGUUGGGCUAAUAAACUUUUAAAUACUGGAAGUGUCGAAACUUGUCGCGAAGUUAUGAUGCAAUUUGAGAAUACUUUUGAUCCAAUAAAAAAUCCUAAUAAUCAACAAAUUCAACAAAUAAUAACAUUUUCUUAUCAGAUGCAAGCAAUUUUAAAUGAAGCAAAUGAAAGAUUAAAAAAAGCAUAUGAAAGGAUGGUUUCAGAAGGUUUACCAGAUUCAGUUACUAGAAUAGAAAAAACAUAUGGAGAAUCAAGAGUACAAAUUCAAAGCUUUCUGAGACGAGAAAAAGGAGCAGAAAAGGCACUUGAAUGCGUUAACAUAACUGCACUUUGUGCUCUAAAUAAAAGAUAUUUAAUUAUGGAAGGUGCUGCUAAAUGUGCAGGAGAUUGUUUAGUUGAUCUUACGUCUAGAGAAGGAGAUUGGUUUUUAGAUGAGAUGCGUUUAAUGUCAUCGUUAAUCGCUGAACUUGUCAGUUUAAUACCUGAAUGUCAUAAAGCAAACAAUGAUCCUAAAAUAUCUCUUAUAUUAAAAUGUUUAAGAGGAUCUGAUUGUAUAUAUAAAGGGUUACAAGAACUUAAUUAUAAUUUCCAUACAAUUAUUUUGCCUGAAGCGAUGAAAACGAUCAUAACAGAAGAACCAACUAUAAUUAGAAUGAUAGGAGAAUUAACCGAAAUAAUUGUAUCAUCCGGUAUACCUCUUAGUGAAAUCUUAGGUCAGUUGGAAAUGCACUUAAGAUUUACUGUAAUGGAAAUGGAAAGUCCUCAUGCAAUGAUACAAAAUGUUGUAAAUAAUAUGAGAUUAAGAUUCGAAGCAUUAUUAUCUCGACCUGCCGAAAUUCAAGAACCGAAUCAAGAUGAAACAUUGACGCCUGGUCAAAUGCUUUUAAUGGGUUUCAAUGGUUUGUUUGAAAAGCUUCAGAUGGAAGGUAACGCGUUAAUUGCUACUUUGAAUACGCUGGAUAUACCUCCAUCUUGGAGAAAAAUUGAUCAGAUUCGGGAAGCAAAAGAAAUGUCCGCACCUAUAUUCAAUAAAACAGCUUGUCAAGUAUUAGAGGAUAUAUUUUUAGUUAAACGUUUGCACACUAUACAAGAAUUUUUUAUGAUGUGUAGAGAUAUUGCAACUGCAUUCAAGGGCGGUUUAGCAAAUAUUUAUGAUGACGAGAGAUUAAAUAAACCUAUAAGAAUUUUUACAGCGGAUUACGUAUCAAGACAAUUGCUUGGUGUUACCUCUCAAACAUUAGCUAUUGCACUUUGCUUUUUAUUACAGAGAAUGGGUUUAAGUGUAACUACUGAAAUUGAACAGCGAGAUAUUGGAGCUGAAAGUAAAGUUUCUAUAGAAGAAUUGUGUAGAAAGGUCGUCGAUCUUUGUUUGAAGAGAGGUUUCUUUUCUGGAUCUGUUCUUGCUCAAGCUAGUGCACUUAGUAGUACUUUAGAAAGUGCUUGGCGAAGAAAACAAAGUGCCAAAUUCGCUCAACAGUGUGUUGAAGUAGCUAGAGCUAGCAUGCAGAGACUUCAAUUACAACUAACAGCUCAUCACUGGUUACACGAAGACAGUUUAUUGAUUAGAUCAAAUGUUAAUUUAAUGAAUCCUUUGAAUCGAUCUGGAUUCAUGUUAGAACUCCGAAAAACAGCGACAGCACUUUCUGCUUUACAAUCUCGUGUAUGCGAGGCACGAGAUCAACAACAAAAUCUGGUUUCUAGCGCAGUGCAACGAUUGAAAUGGGCUGCUGGAGCGAAUCCUGCUCUUGGAGAAGUUAUGUCUGCAUUCGAUAAUGCAGUCCUCUCAUCUUGUGAAAAAUUAACUCGUCAACACAAUCUUGCAACUAGUGUUAUUAAUACUUGUAAUUCUAUAUUACAUUAUGAGGCUUUAAGAACUAGAACAUCAGAAAGUGUGACACAUGACACAAAUUUUGUCAAAUUAAUUAAGCAUUGGGAAGAAAGUUGUAUUUUGACGAUAAAUCUAAAUAUAACUGUAACUGCAAUUGAAGAGAGCCUUGUCGAAUUAUUACAUAUGGAAAGCAAUGUUGAUAUGAAUUGGUUAAAGCAAGCCGAAAGAUUUAUCUCAGAAGCAAUACUUGAUGUACAAAAGAAAUUACAAGAAAAACAAGAAGGUUUGCUUUCUGCUCAAGAACGUUUGAGAGAACAAGUAUCAAAUUUGCAAAGUGUAUUAACCGAACAUCACAGAUUAAUGUCAGAUGUUCGAAUUUUAUUACGAACUAUGGUAAAACAAGAAAAUAUUGAUGGCCUACAAGAAUUUCUUUCUUCAUAUCGAUCUUUCACAGAAAGCAUAUCGGCGAUCGUAAAAGAACUUGAAUCCGAUAGUUUAGAUGCAAACAGAGGAAGGUCAAUUAAAGAAGAAUUAGAAAAUAUGACGACUGUAGCACCAAAUUUAUACAAUGAAUUAUUAGAGUUUGCCAAUGAAAAGAAACCAAAUCCAAAAAUAUCUGAAAAACAAAGAGAGAUAGAUAAAGAAAAAGAAAGAGAACGUGAGCGAGAAAGUGAAACCGAAAAUUUAAUACUUGGUUCGAUAAAGAAGAAAGGAAAGUUAAUGAGACAAGAGGGUGUCUGUUAUAGUCCUAGGAAAGGAAUACCACCAAUUCGAGAUCCAACUACAGGCAAAGCUGUUCAAGAGCGAAAUGCGUAUGCGCUAAAUGUUUGGCAUCGUGUACGAAUGAAGCUUGAAGGAUGUGAUCCUCAUCCAACAAGAAAGUAUACAACGGCUGAACAAGUGGAAUAUGUGAUACGUGAAGCUCAGAGCACCGAUAAUUUAGCCCUUUUAUAUGAGGGUUGGACACCAUGGGUCUGAAGGAAAAAAGAUUGACGCAUUCGCGUCGAUGGUUUAAUGCUCGUUAGACUCGGUACUCGACUUCGUACCGUUCCUCGCUCUAUGCUCGAUAGAGACAGCUCUCUGUCCGAUCAGGUGUGAAGUACAUCUUCGUUGUCACCUGAAAGAGAAAGUUCAUGUCUGUAAGGAUGCCGUUUAAGUUCGGCAGCGCGCACUUGCAUACAGAGAAAUUCUUGCGCGAUUUACGAUCGAACUUUGAUUCUGGCACCGGUUCUAUGAUUAUCUCAAAAAUCUCUUGUUAACAAUGCAUACCAUCUGAUCCAAAGUUUCUUCUUUCCCAUUUUCCGUCAACGUAAUCUUUGUGUAUUUUCCUUCAUAAAGCAAUUUUGUCUGGUCAUAAUAGACUAACAUACAGUAGCCAAGAGACAAAAGAAACAGAAUUAAAAGAAAUAUGCGCGCAUAUUAUUAUGGACAAAGCAUCAGAGUAUGCUUUGUCUAACAUAUUGAAAGUUGAGAGGAAGAAAAUAUAAACCAACAUACAAUUUUGAAUCAAAGACAACAGUCUAAUUACAUAUAUUGCUUGAAUGUUUAAAUGUUGAUAUUAGAUUUGGAAAAAACAUAGAAUCUACCGCAUCUUUAAAAUGAUGAGAAGUAACAAGAGAAAUUUUUGACAAUGAUGCGGAGAAGCUCGAUAAUGAUUAACGCGUCGAUGGUGACACGUUAACUGCCACAAGUAUUCAUUCAAAAGAGAAACUCUUUUUUUAAUAAUCUGUUAUUUCUUAUUUUUUUCUUUUAGCAAAUGUAUCAAUUGGUUGAAUUUUAUGAUUAUAAAUUAAUCUUGGAAGAGAAUGUAUAUAACAUUCAAGAAAAAGACAUAUUUGGAAAAUUAAAGCGGGACCAAGAACGAUAUGUCACUGUCGAGACGCGUAUAAGGUAAAAGAGAUUCAUUAUUGAGAUGCUGGAUGAAAAACAAAGCGUAUUUUUCGUGUUCGUAUUCGCUACUCGAUAUUAAUGUAACUCAUCAUGACCAGCAUUUGUACUUUUUUUUCCUGAAGUGGGAGUACAUGUUUUUCCAAAAUUUCAAUCGAUAAUUGUUCAAAUCAUACAAUUUACUGUAUUAUGUUUAUAUUUGGUAGAAUUCAUCAUAUUCUUUACUGCAAGUUUAUUUCACAAAUAUUAUAUAAUGUUCAUAAUAAUCAGUCAUCAAUCUACAAUAGUUUAUAAGAAAGAAAAUGUCAAGAAAAAAAUGAUAUUACAAAUAUAUAUGAUACAAAAUUUAUUCUUUUUCAUAUUAAAAUGUGAUCAAAGCGGUGCUUGAUUAUAGUUUUCCCUUUUUUCUUUUUUUUUUUCUUAAGGGAAAGAGGGAGAGAAAGAAGUCGUACGUUAUAAUCAAUAAAAUUUAUGGUAUGUAUAAAAAUUAUGAAAAAGAUGUAUUCCCUUUGGUUUAAUUACACUUUUGAGAAACAA